AUGUCUCCCCUACUGAGGAGCCCGCUGGCCGGGUCGGGGCCGGACCUCUGCUACCCCCUGCUGCUCAACACCUCCUGCCGGCUGAGCCUCCAGCCCCGCUUCACCGCCAGCCUCCUCUACACCCUGACCUUCUCCCUGGCGCUCCUCACCGUGCUGCUCAACCUGCUGCUCAUCGUCUCCAUCGCCCACUUCCACCAGCUGCACACGCCCACCAACCAGGUGCUGCUGUCGCUGGCGGGCUCCGACCUGCUCAUCGGCCUGGUGGUGAUGCCCCUGGAGGCGCAGUACUACAUCAGCUCCUGCUGGCUCCUGGGUCCCUGGCUCUGCUACGUCUACUACACGCUGAGCUACGUGCUGACCUCGGCGUCGGUGGCCAGCAUCCUGCUCAUCUCGCUGGACCGCUACCUGGCCGUCUGCCAGCCGCUACGCUACACCAGCGAGGUGACCAUGGGCCGGGUGCAGCUCGCCGUGGGCCUCUGCUGGUCGUGCGCCGUCGUCUACAACUGCAGCCUCCUGGUCGUGAACGUAGGUCGAGAGCUGCGCCGACGGAGGUCGUGCCGGGGGGAGUGCGUGGUGUUGGUGGACGGGCCGUCCAGCUGGGUGGAGCUGCUGGUCACCAUCCUGGCGCCCAUAUCCACCGUGGUGGCGUUGUACCUGCAGGUCUUCGGCGCCGCUCUGUCCCAGACGCGGAAGAUGAGGUCGUCGCGGGCGGCGGCGGCGGGGGCGGCUCGGCGGUCGGAGUUGAAGGCGGCGCUGAGGCUGGGCGUGGUGGUGGUGGUGUUCCUCCUGUGCUACUUUCCCUCCCUCGGGUUCAUGGGUCAGGACGCGUCAGAGAACUUUGCCGCCUGGUCCUGGGGCGUCUGGUUGUUGUAUUUAAACUCCUGCCUGAACCCGCUGCUGUACGCCUUGUUCUACCCGUGGUUCCGGAGGACGAUCAGAAUGAUCGUCACCCUGCAGAUACUGAAGCCAAACUCCAGCCGGGCCAGCUACAGACACCUCUGUGGCCCACACCGCUUACAGAAGAACAAGGAGCCAGUGGAUUCCUAUGAGAAGGUUCCUAACAAAGAGCCAGUGGAUUCCUAUGAGAAGGUUUCUAACAAGGAGCCAGUGGAUUCCUAUGAGAAGGUUUCUAACAAGGAGCCAGUGGAUUCCUAUGAGAAGGUUCCUAACAAAGAGCCAAUGGAUUCCUAUGAGGAGGUUCUCACGUGA